AUGAACGACAGACAAGACGCCCUCACCUUUGAUCGGUUGUGGCGUGAAAAAGUCAUGAGCCAUGACCUCAAAGGCCUUCUCGUUGGGAUCGGCAAGAGACACAAUCUCCUCCACGUCCUGGACCACGAAGCGUCCGGGCAGGCCAGGGUUUCGCUGGAGGAUCAGCUCGAGCACGUGGCCCAUUCCUCCUCCCACAUCCACGAUGGUGACGGCAUCGUCUUCCUUGAUGGACCGUCCUCGCUCGUCGUUCUCCACCACAUACCUCUGAAACGGAAACUCGGGAUACAUCUGUGCAGGAAGAUCUUCUUGGGCCGCCAUGGCCGACCCGAACUGUGUCCUCAACCCUUCGUCCUCGCCCAUCAUCUCAAACAUGGUCUUGCCCCAGAGACGGACGCCCGAGUUGUCCGCGCGGUCCGUCGGGCUUCGAUAGCCGUUCGAUUCCAGGAUGGACGGCACCAUCCGGCUUUGGGCUUGCAUGACGUUGAAGGCCGACAUGACCCAGUCGCGAGCCUGACUCUCCCUGAACUUGAUCGACAGCGGUGUGGGCGAGAACGUGCCCCUGCCGGAUUGCCCGAGGAUGCGAAAGGCGGCGAGACAGCGCAGGAUCCGGAUGAGGAGGGUCGGGGUCGCACCCGUCUUUUCGGACAACGUAUGGAGGUCGGUCUCGCCCCGGAUGAUGUUGAAGAGAUCCAGCUGCAUCGACACUUGCAGCGCAGUGUUCAGCAUGGGGGCGAGACCGAGCCUGAGGACACGGUCUCCCGGGGUCAACAUGAGGUCGGCGAUCUUCUCGGAGGUGUUGAAGAUUUCAUUUUCCAAGAUGGCCCAUUUGCGCCUUUCACCUGA